GCCCUACCUGACUAUUGCUGGGAUUCCCAUGCUCUCUGCUUAGGUACAUGUGGCAGUGGAGUUCGUUGCAUAUGAUUUUGAUAUCGGUUUUUCCAGUUUUUGAAACUUGUUUUAAAUUAUAAUCGUCGAAUGAUCCAGAUUUUGGAUCUGGUACCAAAUAGGUGUUGGCUCGUUGUCGACGUUUCAGAGGACUGUGCUGCCAUGGAUUUCCAUUCUGAUAUAAACCAUCUACUUCCCAUAAUUUUACUUUUUGGCCCUGAUAAGAUUCAAUAUGAUGCUGAGAACGUGGGCAACAAGCCAAAUUCUACACAGGUUUAGCACUCAAAAGUAGUAUCAGUGUCUAAUGAAUAACUGUGAAAACAUAAAAUCAGAGAAGUAAACAAUUAUUUCAGUGGUGAUUCAAAUUUUGUGGUUGGGAGACAUUGUUGAUAUAGCAGUAGAAUUGAAGACAAACAAUAUGAGUAAACAGCAAAAAAGGGGCUCUUCUGGUAAGAAGGAUAAAGGUCAAGGAAGAGGAGCCAAUAAUGUGACAAAUUUACAAACUUCUCCACAACAUAGUAAAAAGAAAAGUUAUGGAAAGAGCCAUUCAAAACAUUCAGAUGAAAGUUACGGACAGAAUAGCACAGGACGUGACCAAGAGCAACAAGUACCCAUGGCAUGUUUGGAUACGAACAUUGAGAAAGAGGGAACUGUGUUGGAGCCUCGCUAUACUGAUCUGGUUGUCGCUGGAAAUGAAGCAUCUGUCACACAAAGUGAACUCUCAAGUCAAUCUGAAAAUCGCGGAGCAGACAAGCAACUUCUGACAAAGAGUAGUAGCACUUUUGGGUUUGAAAUAAGUGCCAUAUAUGCAUGUGCUAAAUGUAAACGUGAAAAUUUACUUCUGAAGGAAAUUAUAGAGACUCAUCCAAAGAGAGAAUAUUAUAUACAAAAGUUAAAGGAACAGUACAGUGCACAUGCAACAGAAUUUGAUAGACAAGAGCUUCAGACAUCUGAAGGACUGCCAGCAGAUGAAGUAGAGUCUAAACCAAAGUCUCACAUUGAAUCUUGUCAGAAACAUUCAAGACAGCGUUUGAACAGUGCUGAGAAAGAAGCCAGUAGUGUGCCUUUUGUGCAAUCAAGAUAUGAUACUCCUAUAAAUGAUCUCCCAUGGGAUUGGGAUGAUGACAUGAUGGAUAUCAGUGUAGUAGAAAGCAAAGGCUCUACAGGACAUUCAAAACAUGGAGACGAAGGAAAUCGGUUUAAAGGUGCACAACAAGAGUGUGAUGAAAGUGGAGGAAGUGGAAGUAGGCAGAUGAAUAAAAGAAGAGACAGAGACAACCGCAGCAGAGAAGGGGAAGAGAGGAACUACAAGAAAGGAAGUCAAUGUGAUGACAAUCGCAACUGGAGAGAACCAGACAGCAGAAGUCGGUGUCAUAAUGCAGAUGAUAGAGGUGGAAUGGGUGGUAGCAGUAGGUUUAGAGAUUACAAAAUAGUUGAGGAAAUUGAUGGCAACCUCUUUGAAGCCCCUAAGGAAUACUCUCUGGCCCACUGUGUUGCAGCUGACAUGAGAAUGGGAAGUGGUAUAGCUGUGACUUUCAGACAAACUUUCAGAAGAGUUCCUGAACUGUUGCAGCAAGGGGCAGGUGUUGGUCAGGUUGCUGUCCUGGAGCAUGAGGGUCGAUUCAUUUACUAUCUUGUAACUAAGAAAUAUAGUAACGAAAAGCCUUCUUUAAGUGACCUGGUUUCUUCACUGAAGAAAAUGAGAGAUCAUUGUGUUUCAUCUGGUGUGAAACAGCUUGCUAUGCCAAGAAUUGGCUGUGGAUUAGACAGGUUGGAUUGGGGUAAUGUGAAACGAAAGAUUGAAGAAAUAUUUUCUGAUCUUGACAUCAGAAUAACAGUUUACAACUUCAACCAGCCCGAGAAAGCUGAUGACAGUCACAAUUCAAGAAGUAAAAGGUCUCUUCCAGUUACACAUGUACGCUAUAAUUUGGCUUCGGUUGCGAAAGAUACAGCUCUUGUAUUUUUUGGCAGUGAAGAUGGGGAUGUGGAUGAAUGUGGGAAAGAUCUCGACAAAAAGUUUAACUUUUUACUGGAUUAUCGAAAACAACCUAAAACAGUCGGUGGUGUCAUUCGUUUGGUCAAGAAGGAUGAAGUUCUGUAUGGACUUAUAGUCAGAAAGAGAAAGGAUGAUGCAUUCUCUUACAUUCAUUUUGAAAAAUGUCUGUGUGAUUUACGGAAACAACUAAAGAAAGAUGAUUUGUGGUAUAUUGGGGUUGAGGCAUUUUGUGCAGAAGAUGUUCCUUUAACAGUGGAAAAGAUCAUCACUGUUAUGAAAAAUAUUCUUACAACUACUGAUGUGGAACUUUAUGUUUGUUGGCCAAAACAGUUUGAACAUCACCAUAGGUGGGAUGAUGAAAUGAAAUGAUCAUAACACGUGGAGAGUGGUAAUAAAGGAUGAGUGAUGAAUGGGACACCAUCAUGCUCAGGAAAACAUAAAAAUUUGUUCUGAAAGUAAUGCAUUCUGGCUUUGUGGAACGUGUUUCAAAAUCCCUUGCUGAAAGUAUUAACUGUAUUAGGCAAAUUGUUGAUUUUGCCUUUGUUAAGGUGAGGAAUCCACAGUGGCCACUUACGUGUUUCUCUCUGUCUUGUGUCUGUUUCCAUCGUGCCAGCCAGGCUGUGACAUUCCCCCCACUCUUGGUUCCCAGGCCUUUGCCUGAUUUUGACUCAAUUCCCACUGGUCAGGCCAAGACUUUGCCUCGACUGUCGGUCUCGUAUAACUCGGACUGUUUCCAUGUGUGUGUCUUACUCUUUGCCCUGAUGGUGGAGGCAGUAAGGACUUCUGAAGCGUUUGUAAACUUUACGAGAUUCCACAGCACUACAACCCAGAAGACAGCCAUCUUUGAAAGGUUCGUGUUUUAACUCGCCAGUUUUUCCAGUGAUUUUUGUAGCAGUAAUUUAUGACUGUUGAAGUAGUUAGACGCAGUACCAAAUAUUUAGAUAUGUAGGGGCUGAAAAUAUUAAGUGAUCUUUAAAUAUUAUGUACACAUUGUGCUGAAGGAUCUAAUGGACAUUUUUUAUUAAGUUCACACUGAGAAGCAAUAUAUGAGCCUAUUUCCAUG